GCGGCUCGCGGCCGUUGCCUGGGUGACGGGCUGUCGCCUGCCAUGGCCUGGCUAGAGGUGGUCUCCGAGAGCGGCGGGCGGCGGCACCGGGUCGCGCUGUGCUCGCUGACGGCGCUCGGGCUGCUGCUUUUGGGCGUGCUCACAUACGUGCCGCCGCUGCUGGUGGCCUACCGGAGCCACGGUGGGUAGCGGAGGGGCACCAGGGCGUCCCUUCCCUGUCCUGCUCUCUCCUUCCCUCUGACCGGCGCUGCUGCUUCUUCCCUUCCAGGCUUCUGGCUGAAGCGGAGCAGCUACGCGGAGCAGCCCAGCGUCCGCUUCCGGCACGAGGUGCUGCUGGUGGGGCUGAUGGAGGGCGGCGACUUCGUGGGCUGGAGCUCCUUUCCCGCCUGCAACCGCCUCCUAGGCGACCGCCUGCGCGUCCCGCUCGUCUCGGUAGGCGCUUCUGAGCGCAUGCAAAGUGCCUCUUGCUGGGGCGGCCAGUGGGGGCGACUCUCAGGGCAUCGGCCGCGGACGGGUUCCCUCCCUCCAGUAGCCCUUUAGAUCCGCCGGUAAAUAGGAGCCGGGCACGAGCAGCGUUGACGAUGAUGACUGUUGAGCUUAGGCUCUCUGCGGGCUCGGAGUUGACAGCAACUACAGCCACAAAAGAGUGACUCUUUGCCCAGCUGGAACCCCCGCCCACCUCCCAGUACAGUAUGUUCUCUCUACGAUGAAAGGCUGAGUGGAGGUUGCUGGUCUACAGUAGCCUUUUUCCUAGAAACACUUCCUGGCUGCCCUUUCUCCUGGUUUCCAGGUGCGUUUGGAAGAACAUCACCUGCUCCCAUAUCUCCUGCUAAGUUAGGAAGUGAUAAUGGCAGACUUAAGGCUGUGCUACUCCUGUACUGUCUAAAUGAGAAUGCAGUUUCCUCAGCCAAUAAAGACCCCUAAUCUCUUCCUAACCCAACUGGUUUUCAAUAGCCAGGGUAAACUUUUGCCCAAUUUGCUGCUGGUAGCCAGUUCAUUGGUGCCAGUUCUCUCCUGUUUGAAUCAGAGUGCACGUUUCCCAUAUCAGAGGAUGAAACAAAGUGACACUGAUUGAAGUUGGAGAUGAUUGAAUUUCUGACACCUCAGACUGGCUCUGUGGUCAAAGCUGUGGCUCGCAAGUUGAAUAGAUGAGUGAUUUUAUCCAUAGAGUGUAUUGCAAAAUCAUGGAAGUGGGUAAUCGAGGCUUCAAGUGGGGUUCACCACCUAGGAUGACUGCACUGGGUGAGCCAAGACGGAGAUGGUUGCUGCCACAACAUAGUCCUUUAAAAUGAAUCUGUUUGGCUGUUGGUGUGAGGCAAAAAGUGUCUGUGCUCUGCUUUGUCUGCCUACAGCAGGAGACUUGCUAAUGAAGCAGUGGGAGGAAGUACCUGAGAGCAAAUGGGCUCAUGGCUGUCAUGCCACUGGUUAAUUAGGCCAUAGAUCUUGAUGGGAAAUCAGUGACUCUCCAGAUGUUGCUGGCAUCACCCCUCGAUGAGAGUCCUGUAACAUCUGGAGAGUCAGUUUGCUCCAUGGGUCUUUGGCUUCUAGGUCACUGAUUUCAGCAAAUCUGACAUGAUUAUGGAGGCCCCCAAAUCCCAAACUUACUCUGAACAACCAGCAUUAAACUGGAUGACUUGAAGGCUGCCUCAGAGACCAAUUUGAACCUGAGCCUUUUGUGGCCAGGCCAGAACAGAGGUUCUGGGCAGGUGGGGGCCUACUCCAAGUUCCCUAGCAAAGGCAAAGGGGAAACCUUUGGUAAAGAGUAUUGAGCAUUUCCCAUCUGGCCUGGGCUUAUCAUCAGUUUUGCAUGAUCCUGUAGGUGGCUGUAUUCUGCCAUUGCAACGGUGCUUUGGUGCAGGCACCUUGGCCUAUAUUGAAUCUAGCAUCUGUAUUGGGGUGCGUGUUUCCUCUUUACCUGGCGUCGCAUCUGUGUAGCUGACAUGUAAUUGAAAUUAUUGCUAAGAAGUUUGCUUUAAUAAAAGUUCCUGUUAUGCUUGCUAGGCUAGAGAGGAGGACUCAAAUCAAGAUGGAAUGAUGGACCUGUUAAAUUUUCGCCUGGAGCUUCCACUUCAAGCUACAGAGCAAAUAGUUGGGAUCCAGCUCAUUCUGACAUUUACCUAUCAGUUGCAGGUGAGUGCCACAAGCCAUAGCUUUCUGGGUGCCACUCAGUGUUUGAGGACAGGCAGCCUAAUCCUCUUAUUUGCUGUGGUGAUGGCGGCUGCUGUUUCAUUUACUCAGUAUCCCAUGCUCAGCUAGUAGAACAGCUUUCUAUGCAGGUUUUUUGGUGAGGGGAGGUCAUGGUUGGGAGGAGUUAAGCCUCCCUUCCCCAGCUGUGACACAUGCACACAAACUGCAAUUAAGCUUGAAAGAAGUUUUAUGCUGGCUAUUGUGGGGGCGGGGAUGCUGCAUGUGCCAAGAAAGGGCUUGAUGGGUCAUGUACACCUGCAGCUGGCCCAUUGGUGACUCUCAGCAGCAGGGGAAGAGGACUUUGGGCCACACGCUUCAGGGAAGAGAUGCGAUUUCAUGGAAGGACUUGCUUGGGACACUACAUGUGUUCUUUAUUGCUUGGUUUAGUUCAUGCUAUAAAUAAUUUUUUUUAGGUGCAGUCCUAAUGCAUAAUGCAAUACAUAAUGCAGGCCAUCAGUUAAAAAGUUGUAUUCCAGUGUGGUGUAGUAGUUAAGAGCGGUAGUCUCGUAAUCUGGGGAACCGGGUUCGCGUCUCCGCUCCUCCACAUGCAGCUGCUGGGUGACCUUGGGCCAGUCACACUUCUUUGAAGUCUCUCAGCCCCACUCACCUCACAGAGUGUUUGUUGUGGGGGAGGAAGGGAAAGGAGAUUGUUAGCCGCUUUGAGACUCCUGAAGGGGAGUGAAAGGCGGGAUAUCAAAUCCAAACUCUUCUUCUUCUUCUAUUCCCUCCUUUUCUAUAUUUGAUUGUUUUGAUCAUUUGUUUUACAUACAUCCAGCCCAAUGCUCUGCCUACCAAAUAGGAAGCUUUGGUAUUCUGAGUGUUGUGUUUGUAUCACUUGUAGAAUGAUUAAGGCUGAGCCAUAAACCUUUCCUUUUCUCUCUCCCCCUCUAUGCUCCCAUUUCAGAGAAUGUCUACAUUCGUGAUGCAGUGCAUGGCCUUUUGGCAGGCCUCUUCCCCUUUGCCAGGGUCAAAGGUCUUUGUGAGCGGAGACCUGAAGCUUCACCAGAGGCAGCCGCUUAGCCAUACUGGGCUGGACAGCAGAUAUAAUGUGAGUGGCCUUUUACAUUUCAGUCCUUUCAAGCAGUUUUGUUGCCCUUUGUGAUGUCUUUUCCACUGCAACUGAUGCUGCUGGAGUCAUGCACUAAUUGCAAAGUGUGAUCAUGCCAGUGAAAUGUGCACUGUUUGAUAUUCAGGUUAUACAGCGGAGGAGAUACUAAUUUCACAUAGCGUUCACCUAGGUAAAGGUAAAGGGAGCCCUGACCAUUAGGUCCAGUCGUGACCGACUCUGGGGUUGCUGCGCUCAUCUCGCUUUAUUGGCCGAGGGAGCCGGCGUACAGCUUCCGGGUCAUGUGGCCAGCAUGACUAAGCUGCUUCUGGCAAACCAGAGCAGCGCACGGAAACGCUGUUUACCUUCCCGCUGGAGCGGUACCUAUUUAUCUACUUGCACUUUGACGUGCUUUCGAACUGCUAGGUUGGCAGGAGCAGGGACCGGGCAACGGGAGCUCACCCCGUCACGGGGAUUCGAACCGCCAACCUUCUGAUCGGCAAGUCCUAGGCUCUGUGGUUUAACCCACAGCACCACCCGCAUCCCUAGCGUUCACCUAUGUCACAACAAUUCACCUGUACUGUGGUAUUGCCAAGCAACAAUCUCAUAAAAGGCUAAAGAGACUUCAGAAAGUCUAGUGAUCUCUUUGACCACCACCCAUUCUAACUGGAGCAUGUCUAACCUGAAUAGGAAGGGGUAUUAUUAGGGCUGAAGCAGGCACGUGCCCUUCUGGUCUGCAUAACUCUUAUCUCUUGCCUGAGACUUAUAUUGUGUUGUCUGCCCCAACAUGUCUGUUCUUGUUUUUUAAUGCAAAGUGUUCUCACUGUGACAGGUAUCUGUGAUCAAUGGUACAAGCCCUUUUGCCCAGGACUAUGAUCUUGUGAACAUUGUUGCAGCAUAUCAGGAGAGGAAUGGUGAGUUUGCAUUAUGCACAGUCCUUUCUAGGUUAACUGAUACUUGUUUUUCACCAGCUACUUCAGAAUUAUGACCAAAUGCCUACAAGGUCUUUGUUGUUUCCUUUGCAGUCACAACAAUUUUGUCUGGUCCCGGCCCUAUCUGGGUGGUUGGAAGAGCACCUGAUGCACCGUUUGUGGUCCAGACAACCAUCCACUACCCAGUGGAACUGAUCCUAUAUCCUUUGGCUACCAGGUGGUUGUAGUUUGGCCCGCUUGGUCUCAGUCUGGCAUGAAAGUGAUGGAAGCUGUUUUGAGCUGUGCUUGGCAAUCAUGGCACUUGGUAGGUAGUGUGCUACAAUCUGAAUGUGGAGAAUGUAGCUGCUGAGUUGGACCAAUAGAGAAGAAUGCCUGAUGAAGAAUUCCAUGAAACUUGCCUGGAGGCAAGGUGGUGUCACUGUAGGCCACCAAAGGUGGUUGAUUGAAAGAAGAUUAUCUUGAGUAGAGG